AUUAUUACCCUUAAAUGCAGUUUUAAAAUAUUACGAGUUCCCUCAGAUCAAAGAAAUUUAAUUUUAAGUCCUAAAAAUUAUAAAAAAUGGCUCCUGAUGCAAGCAACAGCGGUGUAGGGUCGGCCAGGCCCACGGCGGGGCGGGCAUACGUGACGUUUCUCGCCGGCGAUGGCGACUACGUGAAAGGCGUGGUCGGGUUGGUGAAGGGACUGAGAAAAGUAGGCACGGCUUACCCGGUGGUUGCGGCGGUUUGGCCGGAUGUCCCGGAAGAGCACCGCCGCUUGCUGGUAGCGCAGGGCUGCCUUGUCCGUGGAAUUGAGCCAUUGUACCCUUCAGACAAGUACAAGUCUCCGUUUGCUCGGGAUUAUUAUGUUGUCAACUACUCUAAGCUCCAAUUUUGGCAGUUUACGGAAUAUAGCAAAAUGAUAUACUUGGAUUCGGACAUGCAAGUAUUCCAAAACAUAGAUCAUCUGUUUGAUCUGCCGGACGGAUAUCUAUACGCGGUUCCGGACUGUGUGUGCGAAGAAAAUGGGCCACCCUGUCCAGAUACGCUCCCCUGGCCCGACGUAUUGGGGCCUAGGCCUUUCUUUUAUUUCAAUGGAGGCAUGUUUAUGUUCCAACCAAGCCUUUCAACUUACAAGCAGCUUUUGAAGACUUUCAAAGUCACCCCUCCAACUGCCUUCGCAGAGCAGGAUUUCCUAAACAUGUUCUUCAAAGACAAGUGCAAGCCCCUCCCAUACGUGUACAACAUGUUGGUCAACAUGUUGUGGCGCCAUCCAGACAAAGUCCAGCUCAGCAAAGCCAAAGUCGUCCAUUACUGCGUCGACGGCGCCAAGCCGUGGAGGUACACCGGAAAAGGCGAUCACAUGGACAGAGAGGAGAUGAAGACACUUGUGAGGAAGUGGUGGGAGAUCUACAACGACCGGAGCUUGGACAUCAGUAUCCAUUACAAGCCGCAUAGCCGUGAGCCGAAGAAGACGGCGGCUGCCAAGUUCGAGCUUAUUGAGGCGCGUUAUGUCAAUACUCCAUCUGCAGCGUAGGCCUAUAUAUAUUAUAGAGGCCUAUUAAUAUGUUAAAUAUUUAUAUACUUAUGUUGUAUCUGUAAUAUGUUAACCUUGUGUAACGUGUGGAAUACUAUUGUUAGAUACUUCCUCCGUCUCCGUCUCCGUCUCUUUUUAAUUACAACAGACAACGUUUGUCAACGCA